CGGAAGUAGGAGGCGUCCGGCGGAGUUUGUGUAGCCGCCGCCGCGGGAACGCGAGCGCGGUAGUUUUUCGAGGGAGAAAGGCAGCUUCGCGGCGGCUCCGUGGAGUGACAGCGAGCGUCAGGGGCCAUUUCCCGCCGCGAGAGGAGGCAUGGAGGACGAGCGGGACCGGCAUCGUGGCGGCGACGCGGCGCAGCAGAAGACGCCGCGGCCGGAGUGUGAGGAGUCCCGGCCGCUGAGCGUGGAGAAAAAGCAGCGAUGUAGACUUGAUGGCAAAGAAACAGAUGGAUCUAAGUUCAUUACCUCCAACGGAAGUGACUUCAGUGACCCAGUUUACAAAGAGAUUGCAAUGGCAAAUGGUUGUAUUAACAGAAUGAGUAAGGAGGAACUCAGAGCUAAACUUUCAGAAUUUAAGCUUGAAACAAGAGGAGUCAAGGAUGUUCUAAAGAAGAGACUGAAAAACUACUACAAGAAGCAGAAGUUGAUGUUGAAAGAAAGCAGUUGUGUGGACAGUUACUACGACUACAUCUGUAUUAUUGACUUCGAAGCUACGUGUGAAGAGGGAAACCCAGCCGAGUUCAUCCAUGAAAUCAUUGAGUUUCCUGUUGUUCUCUUGAAUACACACACCUUAGAAAUCGAAGACACAUUUCAGCAGUAUGUGAGGCCAGAGGUUAAUGGGAAGCUUUCAGAUUUCUGCAUCAGUCUUACCGGAAUUACUCAGGAUCAGGUCGACAGAGCUGAUGCUUUCCCUCAGGUCCUGAAAAAAGUAAUUGAAUGGAUGAAGUCAAAGGAAUUAGGAACCAAGUACAAAUACUGCAUAUUAACAGAUGGUUCCUGGGAUAUGAGUAAGUUCUUAAACAUCCAGUGCCAACUUAGCAGACUCAAGUACCCUCCUUUUGCUAAAAAGUGGAUCAAUAUUCGAAAGUCAUAUGGAAACUUUUACAAGGUUCCCAGAAGCCAAACCAAAUUGACAAUAAUGCUUGAAAAAUUAGGGAUGGAUUAUGAUGGGCGGCCUCACAGUGGUCUUGAUGACUCUAAGAAUAUUGCUAGAAUAGCAGUUCGGAUGCUUCAGGAUGGAUGCGAACUUCGAAUCAAUGAAAAAAUACACGGAGGACAGUUGAUGAGCGUGUCCUGUUCCUUACCAGUAGAGGGUGCUCCAGCUCCACAAAUGCCACACAGUAGAAAGUAA